ACUUCCGGGUUUUUUAAGACAGUGGGUCUAACGUGAAGAGGUUAGGGUUUGGCUUGGAGGAUUCGGGGUCUGCUUUCGCUCUCCAGUUCCUAGGGAGUGGCUGCUCUGGAUGAGGAAAGGCUGCGGUGCCUCAGAGAGCUGCCAACAGAAAGUGCUGUCCCUCCGCAGGGCCAGAAAGCGGAGCCCAGGUGCCUUCCAUCGCUCGAGAGCCAGCGACCCCCGCCCUAGGCUUUCAUCUUCACCAUGGCUGAGCUGAUCCAAAAGAAGCUGCAGGGAGAAGUGGAGAAAUACCAACAGCUGCAGAAGGACUUAAGUAAAUCCAUGUCAGGGAGGCAGAAGCUUGAGGCCCAGCUAACAGAAAAUAAUAUCGUGAAGGAGGAACUGGCCUUGCUGGAUGGAUCCAACGUCGUCUUUAAGCUGCUGGGACCCGUACUUGUCAAACAGGAGCUAGGGGAGGCUCGGGCCACGGUGGGGAAGAGGCUAGACUAUAUCACAGCGGAAAUUAAGCGUUACGAAUCGCAGCUUCGGGACCUUGAGCGACAGUCAGAGCAACAGAGGGAAACCCUUGCUCAGCUGCAACAGGAGUUCCAGCGAGCCCAGGCAGCAAAGGCUCCUGGGAAGGCCUGACCCCCAUGGAAGGGGGAGGGGAGGGAGGGGUGAGGCAGCUCCAGGGUCCCCACUAGAAUAGCCAAUAAAAUGUAAA